AUGCGGCUGUCUCCCACGGCCAAGGUGGCCAACCCAUCGGGCUACGUGGUGUCUAUCCUGGGCGUGGACUGCUUCCAGCUGGCGGUGGCGACGUACAUGUUCCCCGUACCACUGGCCGGUACCCUCCUCCUGCCUUUUCUCCUGUACAUUCUGUCUCUCAGGGUGGGUGUCUUGCCGACACUCUGCUGCGCCGCCUACCUCCUCGCCAUCGGUCUCGUGAGCCUGCCCACGUCAAGGUUGCAGAACUAUCUCUGGUUCCUCCAGUUUCGGGCUAGAGAUGAGCGCCUGAAACGGUUCUCGGACCUGCUUUCCUCCGUGCGACUGAUGAAGAUGUACGCUUGGGAAGAGGCCUACGAGGGCAAAGUAAACCGCGCACGAGGCGUCGAGUUGAUUCCCCUCUUUUGGAUCAACGUGCUGGACGGACUCAUCGACUCGGUCUGCAGCGCAUCCAGCUCUGUGCUGACAAUUAUCCUGUUUGCCACCAUGGCCAUCUUCGAACCGAAUCGUUCCCUGACAGCGGCCACGUCCUUCUCGUGCAUCUACAUCAUCUACACGACGGACAUAAUCACCUCUCAAGCAGCCUCAGUACUCCGGAGCAGGAGUCAGGUGUCGUUGGCACUUCGCCGUAUCGUCAAAUUCUGCACGGAGGAAGAGAUAGAGACCGGGAACGACUCGACAGGAGGAGAGAAAUGCAGACAGAAGGGAGAGGUGAUCUUGGAGCAGUGCUCUUUCGCUUGGAGCAAGGCCAGCGAUGAGAACUCCGGCACGGUGCUGAAGAACGUCAGCCUGAACGUGAAGCCCGGAUCCCUGGUCGGAGUUGUCGGCUUUGUCGGGAGCGGCAAGUCGUCUCUCCUUGCCGGAAUUCUCGGUGACAUGCACCGUCUCCAGGGCAGCGUGACGUGUACGGGCCGUGUGGCUUACGUUCCCCAGAUCGCCAAUGUGCACAACAUGAGCGUGAGAGACAACAUACUGUAUGGUACACGUAUGAACAGAGCAAAUUACGAGCGCGUGUUGCGUUCCUGCCAGCUCCGCAAUGACCUCAUAAAAUUUCCGGCGGGCGAUUUGACAGAGGUCGGGGAGAAGGGUGAGACGUUGAGUGGCGGUCAAAAACAGAGGAUCAGCCUUGCUCGCGCAGCCUACAACCAGGCCGACGUGUACCUCCUGGACGACCCCCUGAGCGCCCUCGAUCCUGGAGUUGCCGGCCGAGUGUUCAAGGAGCUCAUCGGCAAGGACGGCAUCCUCAACAACAAGACACGGAUCAUGGUGUGUAACCAGGGGUCAUUUCUGUCAUACAUGGACCAGUUGGUCCUGGUUCACAACAAGCACAUCAUCGUGUAUGACAGCGCGGCCAAACUACUCAAGGACCCGAGGAGCCCCGAAACCCUUCGCAACAGCUCUGUUACAACGACACAGAGGCCGGCAACAGACCACAGUGCUGACGAUUCUAAAUCACAGGGAGAAUCUGACGGACGGCUGAUGGGACAGGAGCAAUCCAAGUCAACAAUGACCUUCUGGGGGCUCACGUGGACGCUGUUGCGGCUUUCGGGCCGCUGUGUUCCCGUGGCGGUGCUGGCCUUCGUGGCCUGCGCCGUGGCACUCGGCUACCAGCUCAUCUGGAUCAAGGAGUGGAUCGAUUCGUCGGUAGGGGCCACGGUCCACCGAGCCUCGGACGGAUCCGAUUGGAUGACUGGGCUUCUCCUCCUCUGCGUUGUGGACGUGGUCGCCCGCUGUUUCGGCGGUGUCCUGCUGGCUCACAGCGGAGCGCAUUUGUCCCGAACCAUUCACGCGGAAAUGCUGCGGUGCGUCGUGUCCAGCCCAGUGUCCUUCUUCGACACGACCCCUCGCGGUCGCAUCAUGAACCGCCUGUCGGCGGACCUGGACAGCAUCGACUCCAAGAUGUACCUGCUUAGCAAGCAGAGCCUCCAGAACGGCCUCAUCAUGUUCGCCCGACUAGCGGUGAUCGGCGCCCAGUCGCCCACCGUGCUCCUCGUUGGAGCGGUCACCGGAGUCGUGCUCUUGUACGGAUUCAGGAUCACCGUGCGGGCCUCCCACACGUCCAGGUACUUUGAGAGCGUGGCCGCGUCUCGUGUGCUGUCCCACGUGACCGAGAGCAUGGAUGCAAUGAGCAGCAUUCGGGCGUACGGGGUCGUGGAGCGCUUCUGCGACCACUUCGCCCGCCUGGCCGACGUCAACAUGCGGGGCUACUUGACCUACUGCAUGUGCUUUCGCUUCCUCCGGGCCAUUGCGGCCGUCUGCGGUCUCGCGGUCGUCCUGUGCACUCUCCUUCUCUGCGUCAUGGGAGUAGGGAUGCUGGACCGCAGCAGCGUGGGACUUUCACUCAGUGCAGCGUCUACGAUACCCAUGUCCCUGAUGUACAUCUGCGUGAGCUCGUUCUCGGCUCUUCAGAUGGUCGUGGCAUUCGAGAGAUGCAUCGAAUACAUGGAACUUCCUGCUGAGGUGGACGAGGCAGAACACAAGAACGAGCCGAGCAACGAUGUUGUCAAGCCCGACGGACAAGACUGGCCCAGUCAGGGCAAGGUGGAGUUCGACUCCUUCGCUGCCUCCUACAGGCCUCAAAUCCUGCCAGACGUGCUGAGGUGCGUCAGCUUUACCGUUGAACCGAUGCAAAAGGUUGGCGUGGUGGGAAGAACCGGCGCCGGAAAGUCUUCCCUGGCACUGGCCCUCCUCCGGAUCUUGAGGAGCUCCCACGGCAGCAUCCGCAUAGACGGCCUGGACAUCGCGCAGGUUCCCCUCAGGAAGCUGCGCAGGGGCAUCACCCUGAUCCCUCAGGAUCCAAACCUGGUGCGGGGCAGCUUACGCGAGAAUUUGGACCCCACCAAUUCGCAUUCCGACGAGGAAAUCUGGGAAGCGCUCGAUCAGGCGCACCUGAAGGACCUCGUGUCCCAGGACCCCAAGCGGCUGCUCCUGGAAACUGGAGAAGGAGGCUCCAACUUGAGCACGGGUCAGCGCCAGCUUGUGUGCCUUGCUCGGGCCAUUCUUCGACAACCCCGGCUGCUCCUUCUGGACGAGGCCACGUCGCAGAUGGAUGGCGACACGGACAGACUUAUCCAGGCAACGCUUAGGGAAGGAUUCGCCCACUGCACUCUCAUCACGAUAGCACACCGAAUACACACCGUGCUCGACUACGACAGAAUCCUCGUGAUGGACGACGGUCGUGUUUCUGAGUUCGGUUCGGUGGCCGAGCUACUCUCCAACACGGGCUCUGUGUUUCAUCGGAUGGCGGAGGAGGCAGGGGUGCUGCAAAGUGACGAAACGGACUCAACUGGCUCUCUAUAAUAAAUCCCCUUGAUAAAGGCGUUUUUAA